AUGGCAGCCGUCCGCGUCAGGCCUUCGGCACGGGCUCGGCUCUGGACGCGACUGUGGCUCGGGGCGCUGGCAGGCGCCGCUUCGGCCGCGCCGGACCUGGUGCGGAUAGUGGGUCUGUUCGACCCGGGAGACGAACGCCAGGAGAUAACCUUCCUGCACGCCGUGGAUCGGGUCAACCGGGAGCCGGGUCUUCUGCCGGGCGUCCACCUGCAGGGGCUGGUGGAGAGGGUGCCCCUCCACAACAGCUUCCAGGCCACGCGACGAGUCUGCUUGGCGCUGGAGCGUGGCGUAGCGGCAGUUUUCGGUCCGCAAACCGCCUCCACCUCAUGGCACGUGCAGAGCAUAUGUGACGCCAUGGAGGUUCCACAUGUGGAGAGCCGCUGGGACUUCCGGCCGCGCCGAGCCGACUUCUCCAUCAACAUACAUCCGCACCCGAGCACCCUCAGCAAUGCGUACGUGUCGCUGAUCCGCCAGUGGCACUGGCAUGCCUUCACUAUCGUGUACGAGGACGCCGCAGGCCUGCUGCGCCUGCAGGCGAUGUUGCAAGCGCCGACACCCUCCGAGUUCAGCAUCACCAUCCGCCAGCUGCCCCCACAGUCAGACGACUUCAGACCGCUGUUGAAGCGGAUCAAAAAGAACGCCGGCACCAAGAUCCUUCUGGACUGUCGGCUGUCGACGGUGCCGUCUCUGCUGCGGCAGGCCCGAGAGCUCGGCAUGAUGAACCAGUACUUCAGCUACCUCAUCACCUCGCUGGACGUGCACAUCGUGGAUCUGGACGAGUUCAAAUACACCGGCGCUAACAUCACUGCCCUGAGACUGGUCAAUCCGUCCGAUCCGGCGGCAGAUGACGUCAUCCGGCGCUUCAUGACGCCGCCCACCGCGGCCCAAACACGCGAGACGGAGGUGGCGCUGAUCCAUGAUGCAGUGCUGGUGUUUGCCCGAGCCCUCCACCAGUUCGGCCGGUCUCUGCACACGCAGUCGCUGAGCUGCGGCACCGAACGCGGAUGGUCCCAGGGCAGCUCACUCCUCAACUUUAUGAAGUUGGUGCGUCUGCCUGGCUUGUCCGGACCCGUUCAGUUUGACGGGGAGGGCUUUCGCACCGAGGUCACGCUGGCCAUCACCGAGCUCUCAAAGGACGGGCUGACCCGCGUGGGCACGUGGUCACCUGACCAAGGCGCCAACUACACCCGCAACUACGGUGACAAGAUGCAGGAAAUCGAACAAAGCCUGCGCCAUAAGACGCUGGUCGUCAUGACUACCGUGAACGAGCCGUACGCGAUGCUAGUGAACGAAUCGGACACCACGCUGACCGGCAACGCCCGCUUCGAGGGCUUCUGUAUUGACCUCGUGAACGAGAUCGCGCGACUGCGCGAGUUUUACGUGCAGUUUGUGGAGGGCGGCAGCUAUGGCGGCAUCGAUCCCAUCACCGGCGAGGCCAGCGGCAUGGUCAAGGAGCUCAUGGACCAGAAAGCUGACAUGGCUGUAACUGACCUGACAAUUACCUAUGAACGCGAACAAGUGCUGGAUUUUACAAUGCCCUGGAUGAAUCUCGGCAUUGGAAUCCUGUAUUCGAAGCCUAAAAAGGAACCGCCUCAGCUGUUCUCCUUCCUGGCGCCGCUGUCGCUGGAGGUGUGGCUCUACAUGGCGGCCACCUACCUGGGCGUGUCCGUGCUGCUCUUCAUCCUGGCCAGGUUCAGUCCGUACGAGUGGGACAACCCGCAUCCGUGCCGGGAGGAGCCAGACGUGCUUGAGAACCAGUUCAGCCUGCCCAACUCGCUCUGGUUCACCAUCGGCUCGCUGAUGCAGCAGGGCUCCGACAUCGCUCCAAAGGCACUCUCGACAAGAAUGAUCGCCGGCCUGUGGUGGUUUUUCACACUGAUUAUGAUCUCAUCGUACACGGCGAACCUGGCGGCCUUCCUGACCGUGGAGCGGAUGGUGUCGCCGAUCGAGAGUGCUGAAGACCUGGCCAAGCAGACUGAGAUCAAGUACGGCGCACUCGAGUCCGGCUCCACCAAAAACUUCUUCAGGGACUCCAAGAUCGCCUCGUACCAGCGCAUGUGGUCGUUCAUGAAGUCGGCGAGGCCGUCCGUCUUCAUCAAGAAGGCGUCAGAAGGUGUGGAGCGCGUGCGGAGCUCGCAGGGCCGCUACGCCUACCUCAUGGAGUCUCCGCAGCUGGAGUACGUGGUGGAGCGCGACUGUGACCUGGUCCAGGUCGGCGGCCUGCUCGACACCAAGAGCUACGGCAUCGCCCUGCCGCCCGGUUCUCCAUACACUUCAACGAUCAGCAACGCCAUCCUGAUUCUGCAAGAAAACGGCACAUUGCACGCGCUGAAGACCAAAUGGUGGAAGGAGAUGAAGGGAGGCGGGGCAUGCAAGCGGAACGCCAAGAAGAGCUCGGCGGCGGCUAGUGAACUGGGUCUGGACCAGGUGGGCGGCGUGUUCGUGGUCCUGCUGGCCGGCAUGGCUGCUGCCUGCUGCAUCGCCAUCUGCGAGUUCAUCUGGAAGUCCCGUCAGCUGAACCAGGCGGCACAUGUCAGUACGAGUUGA